AAUCUAUAUUGGUUCAGAACUUCAGAUUCAUUGGGUUUGAGAUAAAAGGCAGAGAAAUUGAAUACAUCUGCGUUUGCCAAAUCAGCGAAAUCACAAUUUCACAGACCCUCGCCACCCCCGUCACAUUUCUCCCUGUCCCUCAUCUCAUCUCGCAUCUCCCCACCCCGUCGCUGCCCGCUUCUCUCAGUCACGGCCGCCACUGAUUUCGGGCCGCUCUGGACGGCCACGGCAACAAUUUCUCCAGAAGGCUGCGUAAUUCCCAGAAUAAGUUUUCUUAGUGCAAAAGGGGAAACCAUGAAACUUAUUUGCGAUUCGGCUUUGAAUGAGACCUGAUUGUACUUAUCCCCAAGGUGGAGCAUCCGCAAACAAUCAAGCAAUACAGGGGCCACGGAACGAAAUACACUGGUCGGGUCUGGUGUAGGGUAAUCAGUGAGAUUCAGGUAAGCAGGUAAAGUACCCCAUCGGCUGCAACAAUUCGGGUACCCGACUAGCCGACGGAAUUCAAAUUGAAGACUGUGACGACAAAAUUUUAUAUGGAGCAGUCGUUUAUCAAAAAAGGACGAUGUAUAUAUGUACAUGAUGUGAAGAAGGGCACGCCUGAGGCCAUUGAUGUUCACCAUAUCAUGGUUGCAACAGGCAUUGCGAGGGGUUACAAAUUCUGCACAUGUGCUCUCGUUUUUUCUAUCAUCAGUUCUCUUAUUCUCCUACUCUUGCAGAAUAUGACGAGUUUCUGCCAAGAUUUGAUGCCGGACAAGGCAGUUGCUAGUGUUCUAUGGAGCUUUUCUUUAGCUGGUUUCUUUUUGAGGCAAUUGCUGGGACAGCAAGUUGAGAAAGAGUCUGUUGUAAUUUUGCCUGCUUUUGGGGUUCAGCUUGAGACCACUUACAGAAGUGGGAAAAAGGUUCACCACUUUGUACCAAUUGGCAAGAUAUUGAAACCUGUCCUGAAUGAAUGUGUGACUCCAGUUACCUGCUACUGGAGCUUAUCUCUAAUUCUACGCAACGAGGAAGAACUUCUGCUGGUUUUUAAGGAAAUAUAUCCUCCUGUCACGAUGCUAGUUCCAGUCUGGAAAGCUCUUUGUGCUGCCAUUGAUGAUGAAGAAUACACUGGCUUUCGUUCAGAUUGUGACGCUAGAUAAUGCAAUCCCAUGCAUUAGGAGUAGAACAUCGGCCAAGGUAUAUUUUUGUGAAUCUUGGAGUACAGUGAAAUGAGUGCCAGAAUCUAUUUGUGAGAAAUAUUCAUUGUGCCCUUGGCAAUAUGGUUGAGUUGUGAAAUGAGUAGAUAUAUUUUUGGGCCGGCUUACCUUGUAGUUGUUUCGUUCCCCAAUAGUAAAUGUCUAUGUACAAGUUCUCGGGUUUCUUAGUAUUUUCAGUGUCUUGUCAUCUGGACAUGAUGCACUUUAAGGCCCUGUAUGUUGUGUGUGAUUGGAUGGGAUAAUCUCAUGAAUCCUUCAAUCCCAUGUUUGUUAAUACGGAUACUGGUCCGAUGGAUUGGAUUCGGCUCGUAACUAAAUCGUCCUAUAUCCUGCUGCUGUAUGAUUAAUAAAUCCGGGAGAGAGGUUAUGUGAAUGGACCGAAUAAUUGUCGAAUAUUCAUACACAAUGUCUCUACACUUUAACUUUUUCACCACAUAAAGUGUGAAGGGUUAUCGAAUGGGUCGUAUAACUGUUGCAUGUCUAUCGCAUUAUGUUUUAAUAUCUUCGCACUUUUUG